AUGCUCUUGACGAACCUUUCCAGGCUGUCUGAAGUUGAUUUGCAGGUUGAUGAAGAGGUUCUUGGCAUUGGACCGGAUACGGCAUCCUUAGCUGCAGUAUCGUAUCGAUUGCAUAGGGAGUUAGCGGAUGAGCACGGUGGACGUGAGGAAUGGUCAUAUCGUGGAGUCGAUUCCCUCUCCGUUUCAACAUAUCGCUCCUCCAACCCCUCGAAGUCGGAGCCGAACAGAAGCAAAUAUGGCGCUGGCGCUGAUCCUGAAGGAGACGCACUGGAUGAUCUGUUAGGGAGCGAUCUUGAUCGACAGCGGAGGAGGAAAGGUGGGAAAGAGGGAUGGGCCGGGAUUGAUUGGUUGGAUGAAGGGGGUCAGUGUUAUGGGGGAUCAGAAGAGUACGGCGCAGGUGUUAGUCUUCCCCGUUUUUAUUCGUGCUGUUGCGCGAGGUUUCGCGAAAGUGCGAUGGCUAACAGUGAUGUUAGGGAACCGUAUCGGUUUACGAAAUCAAUUGCGAGGUUGGCGGAUGAGGGUGGGGUUGAGAUUCUUACUAAUACGCGUGCGGAAGCGUUCUCGUCGACGGAGAAGGUGCUGCUGAACGAGAAGAGGAUUGAGGAAGUGGAGGGGGUUUGA